ACACACACUCACAAACACACUCCGGACCUUAACACAUGCUAUAGAAAACAGCCCGUUCAGAGAUUAACACUGGCUUCGGAUCGUGGAGAGCCACUCUGUUGCAGACGAAGUACUCAAGAGACACUGUUGCCACAACCAGAGCAGUGAAAGUGUGCAAGAGUCAAGAUGGAAAUUGUUCAGGAACGCAAGCCAAAGAGGCCUCACUACAUUCCCCGACCACCAGGCAAGCCUUUCAAGUACCAGUGUUUCCAGUGUCCUUUCACCUGCAAUGAGAAGUCCCAUCUCUUCAACCACAUGAAAUACAACCUGUGUAAGAACUCCAUCUCCCUGGUGUCACAGAAAGGUGGGCAAACAGCCAGACAAGUCAAGCCCUUGGCAAAGGGUGUGCCUUCUCCUGUCAAAGUCAAGGAUAGCUCAGGUCCCCUCCCUGCAGUUCAGACCAUUAGCCCUGAGAAAAAGGGAGAUGUUGAAGACAACAAAGCUGAAGAGGGGAACAGUGAGGAAGACAUUGAAGAAGUGGACGUUGGCUGUGACAGUCCAGUCAGGAGGGACAGUCAGAAGGUGAUGAAACCAAAUCCAGCUUCAGAGAGAGAACACAAGGACAACAAAGAGGCAAAGUCGCUGCCACGCCCAUCCGCCUUCUCUCCUGUCACACCCAACCGUGAUGGUGCAGAAACCUUCAGGUCACCCGUGCAGCAGUCAGAGGAGCCACAAGCUCCUGUCCCACCUUUCAACCACCCCGCCUUUCCAUGGGGCACAAUUUCAACAUCCAUUCCUUUAAAACCUUUCCCCGCUCCCAUGGUUCCUGAAUACCCUCCUUAUCUCCUGCCUGACCGCCCCCUGUACCCUCCCUACUACCUCUCAGGAAAUCACCACAUGAACGAGCAAAACCAUCCGUCCUUCCGCCCAGAGUUUCUAGACCCCCAGAGGCCAGUGAUACCACAGCCCCUCGCCCCAGUUCACCCUUCCCUCUUCCCCCAGUAUCAGUAUAGAUAUUGCCAUUCCCUUCAACCAGGACCUCUGCACUACAGCCUGCACAGAACCCAUGAGCUGCCCAUGCCCUUUCCAGGAUCCAGAUAUCAUCCUUUGGAUUUGUAUGGGCCAGCCCUUGGGCCUAAGGAUUAUGGAUAUAUUCUCCCUUGUCCUAGUCAUGACCCCCACAGCAAACCACCAGAGGAGGAGAACAAUGAGAGACAAAGUGGAGACAAGGCAACCAGGAUGAGCCCUAAGGCAGGUCUCUCAGCCUCGGGGUCCCCGGACAGACCCAGCCACUCACACGUCAUCCAGAGGGACACAGAGGCCCCACAGUACACCAUCCUGGGUGAGCCUCUGUCCACCUCCCAACUAGGACACACUGCAGCCAACUCACAACCCAUCAGAACAGACCUAAAAGAGGAGCAAUCUGCACAAAGCCUGCUCCAGCUGAGAACUCAUGUUGGUGGAGGGUCAGCUGAGAACAGCAGGUAUCCAUCCUCGUCAGUGUCUGAGGCAAGUCCAGACUCUUCAUCAGAGCAAGAUCAUGAUAAUGACAAUACAGAGGAUGAUCUGGCUCCCCUAAACCUCUCAACAAGGGACCAGGGCAAAGAUGUCAGUUCAUCUGACCACAGAGCAAGCUGCCCUGACACUGAGAAAUCAGAUGGGGAGGAACUGCCUCUGAACCUCAGUCUCAGAGCGCCACAUUGCAGCCCAGACCACCGCUCCACUCUCAGCCCUUCAGAGGGUCAUCAGCAGGGGCCAGAUACUGAGCUAGAUGAGGAGCCUUGUGACCAGAGGCAAACUGCAGCACUGGCUCUCUGUCAGUUAGCCAGUGCGAGCUCUGCAGCCUCCUCCUGCAGUGUCAGCACUGCAGACAGCGCCUUAGAUGACUCCACGGAGGCUGCAAGCCCAGACUCUUCCUCUACUCCAACUCUGAUCCACACAGAGAAGCAGCCAACUGAGGCUGCGCAGAGCGCUAUGGCAAGGAGGCUAAAAAGAACAAGCAGUGACCAAGCUAUGCAACACUGCCAGAAACCAAACAAGAAAGCAAAGGGUAAACAGUCCGGGCGGAUGCUGAGGAGGAGACCUCGUUGCUGCUAACAUAAACAGACUAAGAGACUACAUAAACUCUGAAUG